AUGAACGGUGCCGGUUCUGACCAAAGCAAUGUCAGUUUGAACAAAAACAACGCCGGUCCCGACAAAACCACCGGUCCCGACAAAACCACCGACGCCGCCCACGAAAACAGCGCCUCCCCCGACGAAACGCUCUCCGACACGCCCGAGCACAUGGAGCCCUUCGACGUGCCCGCGGCGCUCGUCAGCCCGGGCCUUGUGUUGCUCAAGGUGUCGCCCAAGCUGAAGAAGAAAAUCCGGUUGUGGGUGGAGCCCGCCAGCUUCCAGUUCGUGUACCGGCAGGUGUCCAAGAACUCGACGCACAGCUUCCACGUGGACGACAUCCGCAGCAUCACGCCGCGGCAGCUCGCCAGCCACUACCGCCGGGAGCUCGGCUUCGCCAAGGACGCGGAGCGGCGCUGGGUGUCCAUCGCGUUCUUCGACCACCGCAAGAACAAAACCAAGCUCUUGCACCUCGUGGCCGACUCCGCGCACGACGCCAAGCGGCUCCUCCACACGGUGGGCAAGUUCAAGAGCAUCAAAGACCGGCUCGCCGCAGACUUCCUCGUGGACCUCAAGGACUUGGACGCGGUCAAGCGCAGCCUCCUCAGCGGCAAGGCCGAGCACGCGGGCCGCGCCGCCAAGCAGCUGCUCACGUUCGCCGAGGUGCUCCGCUACUGCCAGCGGCUCGGCAUCAACGUGCACGAGGCCCGGCUCCAGGCGCUCUUCGCGCACGUGACGCCGGCGCCGGCGCAGCACAUGGGCUUCGCCGACUUCAAGCGCUUCGUGGAGCUCCUCACGCGGCGCGACGACAUUGCCCGCGUGUACGCCGGGCUCGUGGGCGCCGGGCACACCUUGGGCCUCGACGCGUUCUGCCGCUUUGCCACGGCCACGCAGCACGAGCCACCGGACCGGGACGCGCUUGCCGCCACGUUCCGCCGGUUCGCCGGGCCGGCCGCCGCCUGGUCCGUGGACGCGUUUGCCGCGUACCUCAAGCUGCCGCAGUGCGCCGCGUCCCGGCAGCAGUACUUGCGCGCGGACUACUACGCGCAGCCGCUCAACGAGUACUUCAUUCUCCUGUCGCACAACACGUACCUCACGGGCCGCCAGGUGGCGGGCGGCUCGUCCGUGGAGGGCUACGUGCGGGCGCUCCAGCGCGGGUGCCGGUGCCUCGAGAUCGACGUGUGGAACAACCCGGCGGACGCGGGUGCGGAGCCCAUCGUCAACCACGGCCGCACGUUCACCUCGGGCAUCCUGCUCUCCAACGUGCUCGCCACCGUGCGCCGCUUCGCGUUCCAGGCGUCGCCGUUCCCGCUCAUCUUGAGCCUCGAGGUGCACUGCUGCCCCCGGGCGCAGGAGCUCGUGGCGCAGAUCUUGGAGGACGUGUUCGGCGCCGCCUUGGUGCUGCGGCCGCUCGACUCGCGCGGCGUGCUCCCGAGCCCGGCCGCCUUGCGCCACCGCGUGCUCGUCAAGGUCAAGAAAACCAGCGCGUUCGCGGGCGCCGUGGACGAGCACGGGCGCUUCGCCACGUCGUCCGCCACCCACACGUCGUCCGCCACCCAUACCUCCGUCAGCGACGGCGAGCGGGCGCCCGGCUCGCGCUUCAAAAUCCGCCGCCGGCCCGCCGGCAAGGUCUGCGCGCGCCUCAGCGACUUGGCCGUGUACUGCCAGGGCCUCAAGUUCCGCAACUUCUCGCUCCCGGAGCUGAAGACCUACAACCACUGCUUUUCGCUCAGCGAGACCGCCGCCAACGCCAUGCUUCGCGACCCCGCCAAGACCGCGGCGCUCGACAAGCACAACCGCCGCUUCUUGAUGCGCGUGUACCCCGCCAAGACGCGCCUCCGCUCGUCCAACUUGCUGCCGCCCGCGUACUGGGCCCACGGCGUGCAGAUGGUGGCCACCAACUGGCAGACCUACGACCUGGGCCAGCAGCUCAACGAGGCGUUCUUCGCCACGGCGCCGGGCCGCGGCUACGUGUUGAAGCCGCCCGCCCUCCGCCGCCCGCCCAUGAAGGCGUCCAUGCGCCGCCCGCCGCCCGACGUGCACGUGCGCUUCCGCAUCGACGUCCUCGGCGCCCAGCAGCUCCCGAAGCCGCCCGCCGCGGCCUCCGUGUGCCCGUUCGUCACCGUCGAGCUCGUGGGCGCGGCCGCGCUCGACUGGGCCCCCGACCUGGCGCCCGGCGCCACGCCCGUGGUGCCGGACAACGGCUUCAACCCGACGUGGAACCUGCGCUUCUCCGGCCGGCUCCGCGCGGCCACCGAGCUCGUGUUCCUACGGCUUACAAUCCACACGUCCGCGGCGCGCCACGCGGUCGAGAGCCCGAAGGAAAUCGCCUUGCUGGUGACCCACCUCUUCGACCUCAAGCAGGGCUACAGGCACCUCCCGCUCAAAGACUUGUGCGGCGAGACGUUGGAGUACUCGUCGUUGUUCGUCUACAUCCUGUACGGGCCCGCGUGA